AUGAAUGCUAAUUGUGACAUGGAUGAUAAUGUUUACUCGUACGAUGAUAUUGAUGGGUUGUUGAAUGAUCAAUUUAGAAAUGUUGCACAUGCUGGAGGAGUGUAUGAAGGCCCAAAUGAAGAUGCCAAUAAAUUCUAUAACUUAGUUGACGAGGCAAGCCAAGAACUAUAUCCUGGUUGUAAAGGAUUCUCUAGAUUAUCUUUUACAAUCCGUCUGUAUUUGUUGAAGUGUCUAUAUGGAUGGAGCAAUGCGUCUUUCACUUCUCUUUUAGAGCUAUUAAAAGAGGCGAUGCCUGGCUUGAACAUUCGUAUAUCCUACAAUAAAGCCAAAUCUAUGGUAAAGGAUCUCGGUCUUGAUUAUGAAAAAAUGUAUGCAUGUCCCAAUGAUUGCAUGCUAUUUAGGAAUGACCAUAAGGAUGAUGAAUAUUGUCAUGUUUGUGAAUCAUCUCGAUAUAUUAAAUAUCCUGAAGUAGAUAGCGAUCUUGAGGCUUCCAAAAAAGGUUAUCGUGUUCCACCAAAAAUUUUGAGAUACUUUCCAUUAAUUCCUAGACUUAAAAGGCUAUUUAUGUGCUCAAAGACAGCAGAUACAUUGAGGUGGCAUGACGAGGAGCGUUCUAAAGAUGGGAAGUUAAGGCAUCCUGCUAAUGGGCAAGCAUGGAAAGACUUUGAUAGCUUGCAUUCAGAAUUUGCAAGGGAUUCUCGCAAUUUGAGACUUGGCUUAGCAAGUGAUGGGUUCAAUCCAUUCCGGACCAUGAGCAUAUCUCAUAGCACAUGGCCAGUUAUUUUAAUGGUGUAUAAUUUGCCUACUUGGAUGUGCAUGAAGCCAGAGUACUGUAUGCUUUCUUUGCUUAUACCUGGGCCACGAUCACCUGGAAAUGACAUUGAUGUUUAUUUACAAUCAUUAAUAGAAGAGUUAAAUGUUUUGUGGGAGUCCGGGGUAGAAACAUAUGAUGCUUUAAGAGAUCAAACCUUUCAAAUGCAAGCAGCUCUUUUAUGGACAAUCAGUGACUUUCCUGCAUAUGCUAUGUUAUCCGGUUGGAGUACAAAGGGAAAGUUGGCUUGCCCUUGUUGUAAUUAUGUCACUAAUUCUCGUUAUCUUAAACAUAGUCGAAAAAUGUGUUAUAUGGAUCAUCGUGUUUUUCUUCCUAUGGAUUAUCCAUGGAGAUCUAAUAAAAGGUCUUUCAAUGGAAAAACAGAAUUUAGGCCUCCUCCUCCUUUGUUAAAGGGAACUGAUGUGCUUAAUAGCUUACAGAAUUUUAACAAUGUGUCUGGGAAGAAGCGAAAGAGAACAAAUGAUGGCUCUUGGAAAAAAAGGUCAAUUUUUUUUGAAUUACCUUAUUGGCAGCACAACUCGUUACGUCAUAACCUUGACGUAAUGCAUAUAGAGAAAAAUAUAGUGGAUAACGUAAUUGGAACUAUUUUGGACAUUCCUGGCAAGACAAAGGAUCAUGCAAAUGCUCGUUAUGAUCUGAAAGAGAUGUGCAUUAGGAAGAACCUUCAACCAAAAGAUACAAAGGAUGGCAAGAGAACAAAGUUUGCAAAAGCAUGUUUCUCAAUGACCAAUGGUGAGAAAUCAGUUUUCUGUGGUGUUUUAAAGACAGCAAAUCUACCUGAUGGUAGUGCUUCCAACAUAUCCAGGUGUGUGCAGCUAGAUGAAAGAAAAUUAUCCGGUUAUAAAACCCAUGAUGCCCACUUCAUGUUACAUUACUUGUUGCCAAUACCAGUUAAAAGCAUACUUCCUGAUCAUGUUGCUAUCCCUUUGAUUCGUCUAAGUUCUUUCUUUCGCCGUUUAUGUCAAAAAGUUAUCACAAUGGAAGAGCUAGAUUGCUUGGAAGUAGAGAUUAGAGAAACCACGAAUCAAUUGGAAAGAAUUUUUCCUCCAAUUUUUUUUGAUAUAAUGAUUCAUUUGCCUAUUCAUUUGGCAAAUGAGGUAAGGUUGGGAGGUCCAGUUCAAAAUCGAUGGAUGUAUCCUCCUGAAAGGUAUAUGUGUACAUCAAAAUCAUAUGUUCGCAACAGAAAUUAUCCAGAAGGAUCUAUUGCUGAGGCAUAUUUGGUUGAAGAGUGUUUGAUUGCCCAUUUCCACCAUUUUUUAGAUGGGCUUGGAGUUUUUUGA